UAACUUUUUUUUACUACUGUGCAGCACAAUAAAGAUUCCUUUGCGGCUGUUUUAAUUUAAAAAAAACUUCGAAAUUGGAACGCGCAUGUUUUGGCGGUGAUUAAAAAAAUUGAAUUUCCAUUUUUGAAAUUUCGCGUUUUUGUGUUUGUGUUGUGUGUGAAAUAAUAAUCGUUCAUAAACGCACGAUGCUCUUCCUUCUCCUUCUAACUCUCUCGUUUGGAGUGAGAGGGCAGACACCGUCGAAUCUACGCUUCAACUACCAUCCGAUAGUCAGACAGUAUCUGGAGGAGACUAGUGCUGCGCCUACCAAACAGGGACCAGUGGUCUUCCCGCCAUCACCGUCCCCACCACCGCAGACCCUGGUGGUCACCACCAGACCCAGAGCCAACAACAGUCUACCAGCAUCCUCGGGCAUCAGCAGCGUCUACAGACCUUAUCGGCCCUUCGUGCCAGUGCCCUACGGAGACAAUAAAUAUGAUUUCAAGCAACCGACUCUACCACCCAUCUACAGAGCACUUUCGGACCACGCAAACAACAACCUCAUAAAGGUGACGAGAAAAAACGAAGUAAACAUACACAGGCCAAAGAAAGAAGAUUAUGAUUACAACGAUUUAUCCAGUAAAGACGAUCAGAAUCAAAAGUACGCCUUCUCAUAUACCGUGAGAGAUCACAAAACAGGAGAUGACUUCUCUCACAGCCAACACAGCAGUGGUUCUGCUACUAACGGAGAGUACAGAGUGAAAUUACCAGAUGGAAGAACACAGAUAGUCUCUUAUACAGCUGAUGAAAAUGGUUAUAAGGCUGAUGUAAGAUAUGAUAAUGAUAUAAAUGAUGUUAAUGCGAACAAUGGUGGUAAUAAUGCUAUCAAAUAUGAUACAUUUGAUAAAUACAAUGGAAAUAAUGCUUAUACGUAUAAUUCAGAUAAUAAUGUUGGAAAGAACGCUAUAAAAUAUAAUCCAAUUGAUAAUAACAAUAAUAUAACGAUAAAAGCAAUAGUUCUCCUAAUAAAUUCGCCAUUUACGAAACAGAAUCCAAAUUCGUACCAACAGUUAGACCCUCCUAUGAUGAAAUCAAAGAUCUAUUUACUAAAAUCCACGUAA